UGGCGCGGUUGCUUAGCGCCGACGCGGUUGCUUAGCGCCGGCGUCGACGCGGCGGGACCGGCAGCGCGGCAGCGUCGGGAGGCACCGGGGGCCGCUCGGGGUUCUUUUUGGCUCUUCUCGCCCUCUCCCCGCUCUCUCCCCCUCCCCGCCCGGGGCUCGGCAGAGCCCGCCGGCCGCUUCCCGCAUGCAGAGGCUCAUCGGGCUCCUCAGGAGGCUGCGGGGGCGGCCGCCGCCCGGCAGCGCUCCCGCGCCCCGCGCGGCCGAGCCCCGGGAGCAGCGCCGGGGCGGGCUGCACUGCGCGGCCGCCAGCGGUGACCUGGCCCGGCUGCAGCGGCGCUGGUGGCGGAAGUGGUUCCGCAUCAACGAGCGGGACGCGGAGAAGCAGACGCCUCUGCAUCUUGCUUGUGCGAACGGCCACGCAGCUGUCGUUCGAUUUUUAGCAGGAAAAAAGUGCAAGCUAAAUCCUUGUGACAGUUUUCAGAAAUCGCCGCUGAUGAAGGCAGUAGAGCGCCAGCACAAAGACUGUGUGGCUAUUUUGCUGGAGCAUGGUGCCAGCCCUGACCUCAAAGGUCCCGGCGGCAACACUGCCCUUCACCUGGCUGCCGUCAUUCCUAAUAAAUCUCUAGUGGAGCUGUUACUUGCGCACAAGGCCCAUAUUGAUGCGCAGAAUGAGUUGGGAUACACUCCGCUUACUCUUGCGAUCACCGAGCACUGUGAAGAGAUGGUCGAGUUCCUUCUUCAAAAAGGAGCUGAUGUGCACGCUCGAGAUAACCGUAAAAGGACCACUCUUAUGCUUGCUGCUUGUGCUGGGGAUAUGAAUAUAAUACAAAUUCUCCUUCAUCACGGUGCUGAUCUUUCUCAUCAAGACCCAUUUGGCUGCACAGCUGAGUACUAUGCCAGGGAGUUUCAACAUGAUGAUAUUGCUGACCAACUGGAGAAAUACAUGUUCUAUGAAGGGAUGGGAGAAUGUUUUGCAAGAGGCACAGAAGGCCCAGCAGUAGAUGGCAGGUUUUGCUCUGCGCUGACUGCUGAAUUUACCUCGGGUGCACCUGCAGGUGUCUUGCCAGCAGCAGGAGCAGAGGAAGAGAAAGAUGUAGAUUCCUGGUCUGAUUUUGAGUUGGAUUUUGAAGAUCUAAAGAAAGAGUCAGCUGGCAUCCUGCUUCCACCUGCGGAUGAACACAGAGCACAUGUGCACUCUGGUGCAGAGGAGCGUGGCAAUGGUGUCUUGCCAGCAGCAGGAGCAGAGGAAGAGAAAGAUGUAGAUUCCUGGUCUGAUUUUGAGUUGGAUUCUGAAGAUCUAAAGAAAGAGUCAGCUGGCAUCCUGCUUCCACCUGCGGAUGAACACAGAGCACAUGUGCACUCUGGUGCAGAGGAGCGUGGCAAUGGUGUGUUGCCAGCAGCAGGAGCAGAGGAAGAGAAAGAUGUAGAUUCCUGGUCUGAUUUUGAGUUGGAUUCUGAAGAUCUAAAGAAAGAGUCAGCUGGCAUCCUGCUUCCACCUGCGGAUGAACACAGAGCACAUGCGCACUCUGGUGCAGAGGAGCGUGGCAAUGGUGUCUUGCCAGCAGCAGGAGCAGAGGAAGAGAAAGAUGUAGAUUCCUGGUCUGAUUUUGAGUUGGAUUCUGAAGAUCUAAAGAAAGAGUCAGCUGGCAUCCUGCUUCCACCUGCGGAUGAACACAGAGCACAUGCGCACUCUGGUGCAGAGGAGCGUGGCAAUGGUGUGUUGCCAGCAGCAGGAGCAGAGGAAGAGAAAGAUGUAGAUUCCUGGUCUGAUUUUGAGUUGGAUUCUGAAGAUCUAAAGAAAGAGUCAGCUGGCAUCCUGCUUCCACCUGCGGAUGAACACAGAGCACAUGCGCACUCUGGUGCAGAGGAGCGUGGCAAUGGUGUCUUGCCAGCAGCAGGAGCAGAGGAAGAGAAAGAUGAAGAUUCCUGGUCUGAUUUUGAGUUGGAUUCUGAAGAUCUAAAGAAAGAGUCAGCUGGCAUCCUGCUUCCACCUGCGGAUGAACACAGAGCACAUGCGCACUCUGGUGCAGAGGAGCGUGGCAAUGGUGUGUUGCCGGUAGGAAGAGCAGAGCAAGAGGAAGGUUUUGACUCCUGUUCUGAGAAUAAAGUACUUUUUCUUAGAGAGAAAUGGGUCAUGCGGCUGCAGCAAGAUCUUGCCGAUGCUCUCAGGAAGAACUCCCUGGCAGAAGCUUCACUUGAAGCUAAGAAGUGCUACAGCAGGGACCUGCAGGAACAAAAACUGCGGUUGCAGAAGGAACUAGACAGAUCUAAAGCCAAGCUGCAGGAAGUGAAAGAAAGGUAUAUCUGCACGGAGUGUUAUGCCGAGUCCCUGAAGAAUGCCAUAAAGGAGAAGGAACUAACAACUUCCAGGAACGUGCAGGCCAUUCUGGCCAUGCCUUCUGCAGCUGUGGCUAUCCCAGAGCUGGAAGAACAAGUGCAACAGCUCCAAGUUGUAAUGACCAGGCUGGAAGCCACAGCACAGCAACAAGCCAAGACCACUGAAGCCCUUCAGAAAGACCAGCAAGCCUCUGCCUCAGCUCAUAAUGUCCCAGAGGACUUGAUAACUCGCUUUCAGACACCGUCUGCAAAGGAACACCUGAGCGGCUUUUGGGAAUGACUGGUUUUAGGCUUGGAAUUUCUUGUGGGCAAGUGAUUUAUGAAAAGAUUGGGUGAGCUGUGGAGAACCCCCCAGGUUUUUGAGCAGGGUACCCUCAGGGGAAAAAUCUAUACAUUUCCUCAUUCCCCUGGUGCUACUGUGUUUUGAAGCUGUUUGGUGGACAAUAUGUGGGCACUUGCGUUCAUCAGCAUGAUUCCUUUGAUGGAUCAACUGUGUGCUGUGGACAGGAGAGAGAUCUGUGGUUGAGAGCUGCGAGAGGACACUGGAGUUGGGAGAUCCAAAGCACUGUCUGCAUGUUCUGCAUAUGGAUCCUGUUCCCCUGCUCUCUGUGUGAUGUAUCUUUUCUAUUUUGAAAGCGUGAGAGUGAAAUCGAGGAAGUGAAGAAUCUAGCUGUGAUGAAAUGCCGAACAGAAGCACUUCUGAAGAAAACGGGGAGAAGAAACAUU